CGUUACACAUAGAUGAAUAAAAUCACAUAGAAAAACUGGGUUGAAUUUAAUAUGAAAAAUCAUUUGAUUAAAUAUUGAUAUGAAAAUAAAAUUUGGAGACUUGUGGAAUUGUUGAACAGAAUUGCUUAUUGAGUCGCUAAAAUCAACACGUUUCUUCCGAGGUUUCCACAAUAGUCAAGAUAGUAGUGAAUUGACAUCGUUCUAAGAGUAAAGUUCUUUUCAAUUUCUUCUCCAUCUAAUUUAAAAUGGACCUUGGAUAUGAUCUUGAAGAGGCUUUACGUCGACGAUCAAAUAACAUUUCAAGGAAGAGCAUAGAGGCGUUGCGUAAUGCUAUUGCAAAAUCGAAUUUGGUACCAAAGUCCAUCACAGAUAAACAGCUCGCAUUGUUUAUUGACGCAUCUGAUGGACAAAUCGACGUUGCCAAGAAAACUAUUGAAACCUAUUAUGAUGCAAGACAUAAUGCACCGGAACAUUUUCUCGACCGUGAUCCGUUGAGCGAAACGAUAGAACAGUGUCUCAACAAUCAACAUUACUUUAUUUUGCCACCAAAAGAUGGAUGUCCAAUAAUAUUUCACCAGCUCGCGAAUUCAAAACCAUCGAAUUACUAUUUCGAUAACGCAAUAAAAACGUUUUUUAUGUCGAUCGAUAUAUGUCUGCACAAAUAUGGACCACAGCGUGGAAUAAUUUUCUUAUUCGAUAUGCGACAUGUCAGGAUUGGCCAUUUGACACGUGUCAGAGUUGGCACAAUCCGAAAAUUUUUCCGUUAUGUCCAAGAAGGUAUGCCAGCAAAAUUGUGUGAAAUACAUGUCUUGAAUGUUGUAUCGUUCUUUGACAAAAUUCUAUCGCUCAUUCGUCCUUUCAUGCGAGCUGAAAUAUUCAAAAUGUUGCACACAUAUUCAUCCAAUUACAACAUGGACGACUUUUAUAAAAAUGUAAUCAGUAACCGGAGCUUACCAAAAGAAUUUGGAGGUGACUUAGCAUCAGCGGAGGAGUUGCACGACCAAUUCAGGAAAGAAUUUAUUGCAUUGCGCGAAUAUUUUUUAGGGGAAGUGGAACAGCGCAAGGAGUUCUCCGGAGAAAGUGGCGUAAAACCAGUCGAAGAAUCCGAGAUCGUGAAUACUUUCAGAAAAUUGGACAUUGAUUGAGGGAGAAACAAUUCUUGUUUUAUUUGGGUGUGAAUAAAAUCAAACUUUUAGCUUCAAAA